AAAAUGUAGUAUGAUACAAGUACUAUCGGGCGAAUGGCUGUUUAUUCCAAAAUUUCUUCUUUCUAUUAAAAGAAUGAAAAAUUGAGUUGAUCCUAUUAACACUUUCUAUUUUAAUUCACAUUAAUUUAAUCGUUAUGCUACUUGCGAGUAGGAUAUAACCUAACAAGCUUAUAAACUGAUACGAUAACUCAUGGCGGCGCCAGUUCCCGCUCGCACUUGUAGUUCAUAUUUUGUCCACACCUGUCGCUGAAGUCGCAUACGUUUCAGGUGGUGAAAAUUUUUAAUGAUAUAUAUUGAAUUAAGUAGACAACGUAAGACACGCUAUUCUUGAUUCGUUCUAUGUCAAUAAUUUAUUAAGAAAUAAAAUAAAAUUCGUAUAUAAAAGUGAGUCAUAAAUGUUUCUUUCAUCAUAUCAGGUUAACCAUUCUGAAUGAUUUUAUCGUUGUUUGUUUUUGAUUGUUUCGAGCCGAUUGGCACAAAAUAAGCUACUUGUGUAUGUGAUAAAACGUGUUUUUAAAAUCGUGAAAAGAUCUAAUUUUCUUCAAUAGAAAAGAUGACAACGCUCAGACCUUUCACAUGUACUGAUUUAUUCAAAUUUAACAACGUGAUUUAUGCUAUAGUUCUUUUAUUUUCCAGAAAUCUAGAUCCACUCACGGAAACUUAUGGGUUAUCCUUUUAUAUGCAAUACCUGGCACAUUGGCCAGAAUAUUUCCAAGUAGCUGAAUCACCAAGCGGUGAAAUUAUGGGAUAUAUUAUGGGAAAGGCGGAAGGUCUUGCAGAAAAUUGGCAUGGUCAUGUAACAGCUCUUACCGUUUCACCUGAUCAUAGAAGACUCGGUCUUGCAGCGAUGUUGAUAAAAUUAUUAGAGGAAUUAUCGGAAAAGAAACAGGCAUACUUUGUGGAUUUGUUUGUCAGGGUUAGUAACAAAGUAGCUAUUAAAAUGUAUCAGCAAUUGGGUUAUAUUGUUUACAGAGUAGUAUUAGAAUAUUAUAAUGGAGAUCCAGAUGAAAAUGCUUAUGAUAUGAGAAAAGCACUUUCAAGAGAUGUAAAUAAAAAAUCGAUAAUACCACUAACGCAUCCUGUAAGACCCGAGGAAGUCGAUUAAUUUUAAGGUAUAUAAAUGUAUUAAGAAAGAGAGGAAUAAAGGAAUAUAUGCAUUA